AUGAGAGGACCUCUGGGAGCUGUAAUUGGAAGAUACACUUCAAGUGAUGGGAGUGAUAAAGAUGGGAUCAUCAAGCACAACAGAAAGUGCAGAGACAUUACAUUUCUAGUCAUCUUCAUUGCCUUUUGGGUCUCAAUGAUUGUUAACUCCAGCUUUGGUUUCAACCAAGGUAACCCAUUAAGACUCACAUAUGGAUUAGACUAUGAAGGGAAUGUGUGUGGUAGCAACCACCGUCACCGUGACCUUACUCAACUUGAGCUUAGAUAUUGGUUAAACCCUAACCAAGUCUAUGAGAGUGGUUUGAAAGAUGGGGAGCUUAAGCUGGCUAAUGCUAGGACUAUUUGUCUAUUGGACUGCCCUGAACCUUUAGAUGAUACUCUCAGCUGGGUCUGUGACUAUCCUGACGGUGAUAUUCGUAUGAAGAUGGAUGAUUGGAUUGACAGGAACUAUGAUUACUUUGAGUUUCUUACUCCUGCAAUGAGGAACUCGUCUCUUCAGCUUCAGGGUCCUUGUUACCCUGUUAUAUUUCCUAGUGUGAAUGUUUAUUGGAGCUGCCAGUAUAUUGCACGUGCUUCAAACUCAUCUCUGCGCCAUUGGCAGCAGAUGGGUGGUGUGAGUAUUCAAGAGGAUAUGAUCAUAGACAAAUCUAUCAGAAGAUCAGUUAAUUCUCGUGCCUCGGUUCUUAAGAGGUAUGUGGCUGAUGUUGGCAAGUCAUGGCCAGUACUGAUUGUUUGUGGAGGUCUUGUCCCUUUGUUUCUAUCCAUUGUUUGGCUGCUCCUUAUACGUCAUUUUGUAGCUGCCAUGCCAUGGAUAACUGUUGUCCUUUUCAACAUGCUUUUAAUAUCUGUGACCAUCUUCUACUACUUGAAAGCUGGAUGGAUUGGGGAUGAUGCUGUAACACCUAUUAUUGGUGAGCAUGAUCCAUACAUUCAUGUGUAUGGUCGAGAGCUGACUCAUGUCCGUAUAGUCGCCAUUCUGAUGACUUUUCUCUCAGCUGUUGCUAUCCUCACUUCCAUAGCCAUUAUUCGCCGUAUCCUUAUGGCAACAUCAGUCCUCAAGGUAGCUGCUAAAGUAAUUGGAGAAGUGCAAGCACUGAUUAUAUUCCCAGCUAUACCAUACGCAAUGCUCGCAAUAUUCUACAUGUUCUGGUUAUCAGCAGCUCUCUAUCUAUUUAGCUCUGGUCAAGUUGUUCAGAACAACUGCAACAACACUAACUGCUGCGCUUACGAUCUCGCUUUAAAGAAAGUGAACUGUGAACAUUGCUGUGGUUACAGCAUACGUUACACUCCUCACAUCACCGUUGCCAUAUUCUUCCAUCUAUUUGGUUGCUACUGGGCCACACAGUUCUUCAUUGCAGCUUCUGCCACAGUGAUUGCUGGCUCUGUUGCUUCUUAUUACUGGGCUCAAGGGGAAGAAGAAGCAUCACCGGAGAUACCUUUUCUACCUGUUUUCGCCUCGAUGAAGCGGCUUGGGCUGUACAAUGUUGGAUCAGUGGCUCUUGGUUCACUCGUUGUGUCCUUUGUGGAGUCUGUUAGGUUCAUUCUCGAAGGUAUUCGUCGUAGAACGAAAGUGAGAGGGAACAUACCUGAUCACUGGCUUGGGAGAAUGGGUUAUUACACUUCACGUGGUUGUCUUAAAAGCGUUGAGUGGACUAUCAAAUCAGCUAACCGUAAUGCUUACAUAAUGAUUGCUAUAACAGGGAAAAGCUUCUGCAAAUCAUCUGCAAUUGCUACAGAGCUGAUCAUAAACAACAUAAUGAGGAUAGGGAAGGUGAAUGUAAUAGGAGAUGUGAUAUUGUUUCUAGGGAAGCUUUGUGUGAGUCUAUUCAGUGCUCUCUUUGGCUUUCUCAUGUUGGAUUCACACAAGUACCGGUCUUCUCACAACAAAGUCUCCUCCCCUCUAUUACCCGUUUUGGCGUGUUGGGCUUUGGGGUAUGUUGUGGCAACACUUUUCUUUGGGGUGGUAGAGAUGUCAAUAGACACAAUCAUACUCUCCUUCUGUCAAGACUCGGAAGAGAAUGAAGGGAAUGCUCAGCACGCACCGUCUCUUCUGCUUGAAACUUUAGAUAGCAAUCAUGAGGAAGAGUUUUACUCUUAUCAAAUUAGCCCCUUGUCUUUCAUUUUCCGUCCUCGUUUCAUCUUCUUUCCCACCGUCAACUUUUUGUCUUCUCGGUUCUCACUUCUCCGGUCGGCGACGUAUUCUGUCAUAAAGUUUGCGUCUUUACUGGUAAAGCUCUAAGCUUUGACGGGGUGUUAUUAAGGAUGAUGGGUUCGAGGGGAGUAAUCAGUGAUAAGUGGUCAAUGAGGAUUCUGUGGGGAUGUGCACUUGGAAGUGCAAUCGGUUUAUACAUGGUUGCUGUAGAGAGACAAACUCAGAACAGGGCACGUGCUUUGGCUGAAGGUAUGAGAGCUGCUGAGUCAGGUGGCGGUGAUGGUGAAUAGUGUUUGAAUCUACCCCCAAGUGCCCAUCAGUUGAGUUUUUUUGUUUCUUUUAGAUGUUUGAUAACAUCUUGUUUGUUCCAGAUAUUGUGAUGUUACAGUUUCUUGUUGUUAGAUAAUCUCAAUAAGGUUUUUGAUACUUGAAGUUGUUGAAACAUACAGUUUGUGUUAUCGAAAAAGCCUCUUGCUUUCCUUUUGUCAUGCUGUGUUUAUGAUAUCACUUCUUUUUUCAUGUGUAUUAUCA